GGGAAGAUAAGCUUGGGCGAAGAUGACAGGAUCGCUCGGGCCUGGUCCGAUGGCCCGUGCGUUGACUCCGAGCCCCGACGCCAGGCUGCCAGUGCAGACGUGAGUACUCCGGUAGUGUAUACAACUCCAUCACCAUCAGGUAUAUAAGACUGCAUGAUGGGAGACGUUCAAAUAGCACCCAGCAGUGACAGCACAAAGCUUACUCUUCAACUUUCAUCUGCCAUUCUCACCGUGAUUCAAUCAACUCCAACUGCCUCUCCCUCCUCGCAACAAUGCCUUUCACCCCAUUGAACAGCAUGUACCGGGCUAUCAGGUCCAAGUCCCCGAAGAAGACCAAGAACGCCGAGGAUUCGAAACAAGAAAACGACAAGAGGCCCACGGAAAUCUCAAGCAAAUCUACGAAUGAUGACUCCGCGUCGGUGCUCAGCGAUGCCACUACCCUCGCUCCUCGAAAAGGCGAACAAUCUUCGAAGAAAGGGAACACUCAAGAUCAAGACGAGAUCGAUUACAAUUCCGUGCGGUACAUGAUGCGAGGCAUGGGGUCGCGUACAUGAUACCUGGCACUUUCCGGUGUGCACCGCUUUCUGCACGAUAUAACGCUUUCCAUGAGAGAUGACCACUUCUAAAAUAUGGGAUUGCUGGGGGAAGGGCAUAGGGCGAGGUAGAAGCGGCGGCCUUGGUAUUGGAAACGGGCAAAGAUUGUCGUUUGGCGUUUUCUUGGGAUGUUAGUAAUGAUGCAUAAUAUGGAACCUAAUACCUGACACGGGGAUCUGAAUUUAUAAGAGCAUGAUCGCUUCUCUCUUCUGUGAUUUAAAUGCUGUUCUCACUGAUAAUUAAGAGACAUGUGACAAUCGAUGAGAUCUUUGGCAAUUGCAUUCUUUCUUCUGUUUGACAGCCGCUGCUUUGCGGACUGCAGUUCCAGC